AUGCCCUAUCCACGGCCCGUUUCCCCGGUUUCCCUCGAAACAUGCCCGCCUUCGUCAUCCGAGAUAGAUUCAGAUGGCCUACUCGCCUCGGAUGACGAGCUGGAUGACGCUGCCCGGGCUGCAAAGCGCCAGCGGGUCGAGAAAUUGGCGGAGUCUUAUCUGGAGGGCAAACCAUUGUUGAUUCUCUCUGCGUCCCUCCGAGGCCCGUUCAAUGACGGAUGGGUCAAUCCAUGGAAGCAGCAUAGGACACGCGGGACUGGCGGACCAGCGAUGGUUCGCCAGACAAAUGUCCCCGAGCGGGUGGUGCAGGAAACUGACUUGCGGGCUCCGAAGUACCGAGAGGGCCUAUCGCGUCGCCCGGAGAUUCCUGUGAUGUCGUGUAACUCUCCUAGGACCUCACUGCAGACCGGAGACCGUUCUUCGCCCUCUAAAUCGCCACGGAGACAAUCCAAGGAACCGACCCCGCGACGCUCUCCCACCAGAUUAAAGCAACCGCCGUCGUCGACAGUGGACGAUCAAUCAAUAAUGCCGCCUAGGACAGUGGACUGGCUGAAGAAGGAUCGAAAGCUCAUGAAUUUCACCAAGUUCGAACCGCCGAGCUCGCCAACAAUAUCCGUAGCUUCUCGCCAGUCAAAUAAAGCUCGUCGACCGAUGCCGCGUUCUGUUCAAGUCCAGGUCCCACAGACGCCGGGAUCGCCAACAAAAUUCCCUCCUCUCAAAACUAUCCCAGUGAAGACAGUCCAGAGUGCUCGUGCGAAUUCGAACGGGCGCCUGUCCCCGCGGUCGAAUCCAUCGGCCACCUCGAAUUCACCCAAGAUCCCUACCGUUCCCGAAUUAUCGCCUUUUCAACAAUAUCAAGAAUCACAUUUGCCACAGGACGCGUCUCUCCAAAUUGCUAAUUCUUCCUCUCAGCUGCCGAGGUUUGAAUAUUGGAGGUGGCUCCGUAAAAAUUCGAGUCAACAGGAGAAGACCUCUCCUAUACAAGAUAAAAGUAUCCUGCAAGAGGAGACUGUUUUGCACGAGGAUACCCCUCUGAAAGAAAACUCCGAAGUCGAUCCCGCUCCUGCCAGUCCUAGUCCAGCUAGGAAUCAAGCAUUGGACCCUGCUGAACCCGGUCCUGAACCCUCGGGCCCCGAAGAAAUAGCAGUCCACAAUGAGCACUUUGUGAAGAACGAUGCAAGCCACAAAACUUUAUCGAAAGAAACUAGGUUCGCAAACGAGGAAGAUUUCAUAGAAAACAAUCUUGCGGCGGAACAGGUCGCGGCGGAACUGGAUGUUGCAAUCGAGGAAGAUACCUGUACAUCGACAUUACGAAACACAGAUAUCUCUGGACCCACCGAACAGAACACCUACGAUCAUCUUCCUUCUGCCCAGCAAGUGCCAGCACCUUUAGGAGUGUCAGAUCGGGUAACGUCAUUGCACUCGACGGCUUUGCCGAGAGGAAAUUCAGGACGAGACUCACCCCCAAGCCCUGAUACCCAGCUUUCAACCCAGGCUGCUCUUUUGCAAGCCCAGAAGUCCCUUCAAGACGACCUGGACAGUCCAGAAUAUUACAAUCAACAUACACCGAAUCCGGACCGAGCAGUGCAUUCACCCAAUGCUUCAUUUCACUCAGCAAAUGUCACUCCAUUCUACCGUAUAGGAGAGUCACUUCGACGUGAUCUAGAGCGGAGUUCGAGAUCCAUGCGCAAGGACGGGAUGCCAGCAAUGAGCACGCAAUUCAUGCUUGAUGCAGCUACGCCCUUCAAUUUCAGCGCUGAGCAAGCUGGUCAAGAUCGAAGCUUGACGCCUACGAACAAGAAUAUGACGCAAAUGAAUACGCAGUUCAUGCUCGAUGCAGCCACACCAUAUGCUUUCAGCUCGGAGAAGAGACAGCAUGCGUCCCGGCCAGACUCAGGUUCACCUACAACGAGAAACUCCAAGAGAAAAAAGAUGGUUAAUAUCGGAAGCCCAGCCCCUUCUGCUAGGAGUCAAUCAACGUCUGUCAACGACGAAAAUCACACUGCGGAAUCCCAAUCGGGUGAAGAUGAAGGAAGCCCACAAAUCCCACGAUCAGCGGCCGAACAACAGUUUGAUCAUCAACCAACUUACCAAUCUGCCACAGAGAUCGCGUCUUUGCCCCUCACUUUAAGCGAAUCGAUGCCAACAACUGGCCAGGAUGGACAAGGUGUUCACCAGGGAAUGGAGAGUUUCAACCUCAGCCAGGCAAUUGCAGAUGCUGGUAGCUGGCUUCAACAAAGUUUCGAUUUCAUGAAGGACACCGCUCGGCCAAGUCAGAAUCUCAAGGCGAUUCCUACCUCUGACGCGCACCCUUCCCCUAUAAACAUGGAUCUAUCUCAAUAA